AUGGGGCCGGAGGAUGGGUGGGUUCCGCUGCUGCCGGAGAAGGACGAUGGAGCUGCGGUGAUCACGCCGGCGGGCGGGGGCGGGUGGACGGCGGCGCCGCUGCGCUCGUUCUGCGAAGACGUGUGGCGAGAGGCCUAUCUGAUCUGGUACAUCGCCGGGCCGGCCAUCCUCACCUCCAUCUUCCAAUACUCCAUGUCCUCCGUCACCCAGACCCUCGUUGGCCACCUCGGCACCCUCGAACUCGCCGCGGUCGGCAUCCAAAACCUCGUCAUCUCCGGCAUCGGCUUCGGCGUCAUGGUAACUUUCUACCCCCCUCUCUCUCUCUCCUGUAAUUCCAUCUCUCUCUCUUUCUCUCUCUAGCUGGGGAUGGGUAGCGCGCUGGAGACGCUGUGCGGGCAGGCCUUCGGGGCGGGGGAGCACAGAAUGAUGGGGAUCUACAUGCAGAGAUCGUGGGUGAUACUCCUCUCCACCGCCGCCGUCCUCACCGUCCCCUACCUCUUCGCAUCGCCCAUCCUCAGGCUCUUGGGGCAGAGCGCGGAGAUUGCAGAGCUCGCGGGGAAGUUCUCGCUGUGGAUGAUCCCAGAGCUGUUCGCCUUCGCCAUUAACUUCCCGAUCAUGAAGUUCCUGCAGGCCCAGAGCAGGGUGAUGGUCAUGAUGUGGAUCUCCGCGGCCGUUCUGGCCCUGCACCUGCUACUGAGCUGGCUGUUCAUCGUCAAGCUCGGGACGGGCCUGGUGGGCGCUGCUAUCACCCUGAACUUCACCUGGUGGCUCUUGGUCGCCGGGCAGCUCUCCUAUGUUGUCUCCGGCUGCUGCAAGGACUCCUGGACUGGUUUCUCCUGGCUCGCCUUCGCUGAUCUGACCAACUUCUUGGGCCUCUCUCUUGCUUCUGCUGUCAUGCUAUGGUCCUCUCUCUCUCUCUCUGUUUCUUUCUUUCUGUCUCUAGAUUAAUGGAUUGUGCCUGAUAAUUCAUCUGGAUGCAGCCUGGAGUAUUGGAUCUACAUGGUUGUGAUCAUCUUAGCGGGGCUCUUGAAAAAUCCAGAAAUAGCUGUGGAUGCCGCUUCGAUCUGGUGAGCUUGUGGAUGGGAGAUUAUUAUCUUGACCAGGAUGAUCGCCUGUGAAUCAUGUAGAUUUCAUUCUCUGAACUGGAUGCAUCACUGCUGCUCCUGGAUCUCUUCGGGUUGACCCAAAUUUUCCAGCUCAAAGAGAAAUUUUCCACUUUAUGAUUUCUUUUCUAAGUAAGAAAAUUACAGUCAACUCGGUCACUGAAAUCUAAAUCAAAGUCCGAACGUACAGUAGAAAUCUAUGAAACUAUCUAUGCAUCUGUUCUUGCGCUCUUCCCUGUUUUGGAAAAUUUCGGAAUUAUGUCUACGGGAUUCAAUUAUUCCAUUCCAUCACAUGUAUUUGGAGAUAAAUGUAGAAAAACCGAAGAAGUUCGUUGACUUGUUCUUCAUCUGCUUGUUCACCAUUUUUGGGUAUUUUCUUGGAGAUAAUCUCAGCAUGCAUUAAUUUUCUACGUCAAAAAUCUUAGAACUCGGAUGAAAAUAUUUCAGGGAAAUCCCACAUUUAAUCAAAUAGUUAAAUCACAAGCUUAAUUGUGGAAAAUCUUUGGUCUUAUUCCUUUCAUUGCCCAGCUAAGUUUGAACUGAGCAGCCCUGUUCUUUCACAAAAAAGCUUGUUCUUGCUCCACGCAUACAUUCUUACUCUCUCUCUCUCUCUCCCCUAUUUUGAGCCGUGCAGUAUGAAUGUGGAAGGAUGGAUUUUCAUGAUUCCCUUCGGACUUAUUGCAGCAAUAAGGUGAGUAUUUAUUAUAGUCCCCUAAGAAAAUUCAAAUACCUGAUGAGAUUUCCAUAAGAAAUUACCAUUUUUUUUUUCAUGCAAAAAUUUCUUGAGCUGCUCUCUAUUUUUGGUGAUGAUUUUGCCAGUGUGAGGGUCUCCAAUGAGCUGGGAGCAGGUCGCCCCAAGGCCGCCAGAUUCUCAGUGCUGGUGGUGAUCAUGAUAUCAGUGGUUCUCCAGUCAACCUUUGCCCUCCUAAUAUUCCUCACCAGGAAGGACUUCCCCAUCAUCUUCACAGGGGACAAGCUGGUGAGGGAGGAGGUCACGAGGCUGGCGCCUUUUCUUUGUUCAACUGUUCUCCUUGCCAGUGUACAGCCAGUGCUCUCAGGUCCGUUCACUACUAAGAGGGCCUUGAUCUAGGUUAACUAGGGGAAUAUUCAUUUCUCUACCUAGUUUAAGCACAAACAUGUGAAAAAUAUGUAUGCAUAAAUAAUAAUAGGAUCAUGGUAUGGCUUUGAACCUUGCUUGAGUCUGAGAUGAUGGAGUUGUGUGGGUUCCCAGGCGUUGCUGUUGGCGCUGGCUGGCAGACAACAGUCGCCUACAUAAACCUUGGAUGCUAUUAUCUCCUGGGGAUAGCUCCUGGUGCCCUACUAGGGUUCAAGUUUGGUCUAGGGCUGGAGGUAAGAGCAGGAAUCAUCCCAGCAUUCAAUCUGUUCAUACCCAGAAGACUCAAUCUAUGCACAUUUUUCAGAAUUUUGACCUACUCUUCAAUAGAAUUUCUGCAUGUUGCGUCUCAUAUUUUUCAAAUCAUGUUCCUCUCAUCUAUUUCAUCAUGAUUUUUUUUAUAAAAAUAAUUUUUUUUUUUUUCUUGAGUAGGGUCUUUGGGGUGGUGUGAUCAUUGGGGUUGUUGUGCAAACCAUCAUUCUUUCAGUAAUCACCUUGCGGACCGACUGGGACAAAGAGGUGGGGACUCUCUUUUUUCCCAACUCUCCCCUUCCAGAUGCUAGAUUUUCAUCCUCAUAAUCAGAUGCCUGAUCUUUCAGGUUUUAUCAGCAAAGGAGAGGAUAGCUGUGUGGGGAGGUUCUGCUGGUGUCCAUUCAGACGGAAUCAGUUGA